AUGAAAGGCGGUAAGCUGAUUGUAAAAGGCGGUAAGCUGAUUGUAAAAGGCGGUGAGCUGAUUGUAAAAGGCGGUGAGCUGAUUGUAAAAGGUGUUUGUUUAUUAAGCAAAAUAAACACAGCAUAUUAUACAGUAUUACAAACUAACCUAAAAGGAGUAAUUGUUGGAUCGGAGCUGUCACGUGCACCGUCUGGCAGCGGGAGAGCGUCGGGAUCACAGGAUCCCCGAUACUGUGAUCCCGAUCACUCAAAGAUCACCGUUCACCACAUCCGGAGCGUGCAGCGAUCACAGUAUCGACUGCUUAAAUUUAAGCUUAAAUUGGCCGAGUUAGCAAUGGUAUCGAAAAUCGCGUUUAACACGUGA